AUGCGUUUCUUUGCCAUCACCUUUUUUACCGCCUUAUUGGCGUUGACCACCGCGGCAAGCCCUGUUGAAGUAGAGAAGCGCCAACUUUCUCCUUGCGUUCAGCAAUGCAUGGAUGACCUUGGUAUCUACGAUGGACAUGCCAUCUCUCUGUGCAGGAGAACCUGCGGUGAACGCCCUUGA